AAUUUUGAUUGUGGAAUGUUUUUUCUGUUUCAUUUAGUAAUUAAAAAUUGGUUCUUGAUGAUUGGAGGGGCCUUGCACUUACAGUUCAUUCCUUGUCACCAAUCCGCGUUUGGUCCAUUUCCAUGUGAAUUUCGCUUCAUAUUCCUUCAAAUUUUCUUGUGGAUUUGUUUGAUUUUCCAGUCACCAUCAGAUCCCUCUGCAUAUUGCCACUCUCUUUUGCUGAAUUAAAGAAAAAAACACAGUGCACACACUGGAAGUCUUCCUGUCUUCUUAUUAGGUGAAGAAGUUCUGAAUUUGAAGGGGUUUUGUUUCUCUGCUGAAAAGAUUGGAUUUUGUUGAAGUGGGGUUGGAGAUAUAGUGUUUAUCUAUUUCUGGGUGUUUUGGGUUUUUCUGUUCGUGGUGUGUGUGUGUGUGUGAAUUUCACUUUUCUUGGAGAAAAAAAAGUGAAAAAGGGCUGUGGGGAUUGAAGUUGAGUCUUGUUUAGUGGAUAUGAUGGUGGGGAUCGGGGUGAUUCGAAUGUUAUCUGCGAUUUGAAGAAGGUUUGAAGUUCGGUUAAUUAGUUGAGCUCGGAGAUAAAGAGCUGUGGGAUUUAGUUAUGGGGUCGAGGGGGGAUAGAUAUGAAUACCAUGAUCUUGUGCCAUUAGCUGCACUGAUCAAUAGGGAGCUGAGGAAUGAGAAAAUGGAGAGGCCCGCGGUGAGAUAUGGCUCUGCAGCUCAGUCAAGGAAAGGGGAGGAUUAUUUCUUGAUGAAGACUGAUUGCCAGCGAGUUGCUGGAAAUCCAUCAACGUCGUUCUCUGUUUUUGGAAUAUUCGAUGGGCAUAAUGGGAGUGCAGCUGCAAUAUUUUCGCGAGACCAUUUGUUAAACUACGUGUUAAAUGCCAUGCCUCGUGGACUUGGACGGGAUGAAUGGCUACAUGCUUUACCUAGAGCUUUGGUUGCCGGCUUUGUGAAAACCGACAAGGAAUUUCAGGCCAAAGGAAAGACUUCUGGCACUACAGCUACAUUUGUGAUUAUUGACGGGUGGACAGUUACUGUCGCAUCUGUUGGAGAUUCGCGCUGCAUUUUAGAUGCUCAGGGUGGCGGUGUUUCCAUCUUGACCGUUGAUCAUAGACUUGAAGAAAAUGCAGAGGAAAGAGAGCGUGUCACUGCCAGUGGAGGCGAAGUGGGGAGGCUUAGCAUUUUUGGCGGGACUGAGAUUGGUCCUCUUCGUUGUUGGCCAGGCGGUUUGUGUCUUUCUCGAUCAAUUGGUGACAUGGAUGUGGGCGAAUUUAUCGUUCCAAUACCCUAUGUGAAGCAAGUAAAGCUAUCGAGUAAAGGCGGAAGGCUGAUAAUCGCCUCUGAUGGCGUCUGGGAUGCAUUGUCAUCAGAAAUGGCUGCAAAGUCGUGCCAUGGAUUGCCUGCAGAGCUUGCUGCUCGUCUAGUGGUGAAGGAAACGUUGAGGGCGCGUGGGCUCAAGGAUGACACGACUUGCAUAGUCGUCGAUAUAAUUCCUCCGGACAAUAACAAACUGCCGCCUUCUUCCCCACCCGAGAAGCACAACAAGCUCAAGGCUUUGUUUUUCCGGAAAAAGUCUUGGAAAUCCAACAAAUUAACAAAGAAGCUAUCCGCAGUGGGUAUCGUUGAAGAGCUAUUCGAAGAAGGAUCAGCAAUGCUUGCUGAAAGGCUUGGAAAUGACGAGCCGACUGCGCAGACGGGCGGUCUUUUUACUUGCGCCGUUUGCCAAGCUGACCUGGCGCCGAACGAGGGAGUCUCAGUUCAUGCUGGCUCGAUAUUCUCGGUUAGUUCGAAGCCAUGGCAAGGCCCGUUCCUCUGCUCCGACUGCCGGGAUAAGAAGGAUGCGAUGGAAGGGAAGAGACCGAGUGGAGUUAGAGUAGUAUAGGUUAGCUCAUCUUGUUCAAUUGCUUCCAUUCUUUUGUUCUUGUUGCUUCUCCUUCGAUUGCUCUUCCUUAAUUAGGUGAUUGUUUUGGAUAUCGAAUAUUGAAAUCGAUGAUAUUUUGUGUGGAUAAUUCAUUGUUUAAAUAGGAAAAAGAACGAGUGCAUUCUUUUGUUAA